AUGGAUGUUUCACCAAGGUCAUGGCGGCGCUCUCAUAUCCGCAUCCAAUUGUCCGUGCGCUCGGAUCAGUCACUUGGAGUCUCGUCUGAACUGGCUGGGCAGAAUGUGAUGGUCGCGUGUGUCGUUGUGGGCCUUGCAACGCUGGUUUUACUUGCGGAAGUCUUCCACCUAGAGUACAAGACGAUGCAGCAGAUCUAUUGCCAGUUUGACCAGCAGGACCUGCUGCAACAUAUUACUUGGGUUCUUUUUCGGGCCGCUGGCUUUGCCAGGUUCAAUGGGACCCAACGGUCAGGUUUUGCCACUACCAAUCGGGGGUUUGUUACUGAAGCACCCCGUCAUUCUCAAGCCAAGGGCGCAAGAGCGCUCACCGGAAAAAGGGUCCGGGGUAUCAGCUCCUCCGAUCCAGGUCCACACAUAUGGUGGGCGUAUGGCUGCAAUGCCAUAACGAAGUUUCGCUUUUCUGUCGUCCGUGUAUUUCCGGGGAAUGGAAGCGAGCGUUGGGAUUGUGUGGAAUGGGCCCAAGUAUUGUGCAACCUGCUCACGCUGAACAAUUUUCGAAGACAGGGGUUGGAUCCAUCUCCUCGCAAAUCACAAUACCCAGACUUCGCGGCCUUGGUUGCAAUCCACUUCGGUCACGCACAUGCAAUCGACACAUGA